GCCGCUUACUGUCGGAACAAAAAGACUUUGCUUCGCAGGAAAAAGUCGUUCCCUGACCGGGAAUCGAACCCGGGCCGCGGCGGUGAGAGCGCCGAAUCCUAACCACUAGACCACCAGGGACCGAUACCGCCGGCAUGUAAUCAGGUCUUUACUCAUCCCACAGUGUGCUAUUGCAUAUUUAUAAUGAUUUGUCUACAUCUGGAAGUGUAUUACCGACCAACAGCUAAAUCUUUAACUAACUUUGACUGUAUAUUAGCUUUAACUAACGGUCGUCAGCUUUUAUACGGUCCAAGGUAAAGUCGAGCUCGUGGUGAGCUCAUGUUUUUACAGUCCACAUGACACCAGAGGGCGUCGUGAAGGGGCUCGAGCUUCAUUUUGAUACAACGUUAGCUGCUGGAGGAUGCACCCGAGGUAAGUGGACAACGUUAGCCACCUUACUUUCUGUCAGAUGUAGCCCUUGAACGCGUCAUCGUGCUUCAGCGCUGCACGAACAGGAAGAAGAUGACGUCAUAGCGUAGUUUAAAACGGCGGAGGACGGCUGGACCGAGCACAAUCCAGCCCCGCCGUCUCCUCCAGGUUGCUACUGUCCUGUACACAACGUGGCUCGCUAGUUAGCAACUGCUGUUGAACCAGUGUGCGUCCUGGACCUUGUUGUUGAUGUUUGAGUUGUGCUCGCGCGCUCCAACAACGCGCUGUGACGAGCUGUUAGCUAUCUGUGCUCCGUUACUGCUGCGCCUCAGAAAGAGACAUUCAUUGAGCAAGUUGCUGCAGACUGGAAGAUGAAGCUAGACACGUAGGCUACUUCAAGUGUAGCUGUUUUCCUCCUGAGGUUAACAGGCCAUUGGCCAGUGAUAUACCCCUUUAGAUUAACUGCACUGGCCUGAUGUGUGCUCUUAAAUGUGCGCCACAUGCGCGUCGCAUUGCUUGUUGUGUUUGCGUUAAUCUCGCUGCAGCUAGCUGCGGUCUGCAUGUUUACGUCAACAGGAUUUAGCAAAACAAAACGAUGCUUCUCAUUACAGACACACUAUUGUAAUGGAGCUUGGUCGGAUAAUACGCAGGUUACUGUGGUGACAUCAACUAGCAGAUGUUUGUGUGUGUGUGUGUGUGUGUGUGUGUGUGCUCGUGUGUGAUCAUGUUUCAUCCCGUUGGUCAGUCAUUGUCUGCUGGGUAGCCCGACACGCUUUAUUUAUACGAUGCUUUCAUCGCCCUCCCCGUUUAGGUUGAUUAGCCUUCACCAUCAUGUAUUGGGCUGUUUGCAUUUAAUUGAGUUGUGUUGAGUGAUGAUGAUGAGGAGGAGGAGGAGGAGGAGGAGUAAGAGGAGGAGGAGGGCGGGCCUGCUAAUUCCCCUUCGCUUAUUUCCUCCACAGGACAAGGAAGAAGCGUGAGAGGUGAUCUUCCCGAAGUCUGCUGGCUUGGACGCGCUGCGUGGGUGUGUGCGGGUGGAUGUGUUGAUGCGCUCGACUGCCUGCAGAUUUAGGACCCUGGCCUGAUGGAGAAGAGAGACAGGAAGCCGGGGUAUUUUGCCAGGCUGAAGAGGCGGAGACAGCUCAAGCAGAGCCAAUCGGAAAAGAAUAUGACUGAGCAGAACCCGGCUGUCAUUUCCUGUCCAGACGUCCCAAAGGACCAGGACCCCGACAAGAAGACGGACCUGCAGAGAAUUCCAGCGAAGCCACCGGCGGCCUCGGACGAUGGCUGUAACAGUGCCAUUAAGGCAAAGAGGGAGAAGAAGAGACCACCGGGGACAACGGAGUUCAUUGUGGGACCUGACGACUCCCUCAGCAGCAUCGCGCUCAAGUUCAACGUCACCCCCAACAAACUGGUCCAGCUGAACAAGCUCUUCUCUCGCAGCAUCUACCCCGGUCAGAAGCUGUUCGUCCCCGAUGUGAGCCGGUCAGAAGCUGACCUCCAGUCUCAGGGUUCCUCUGAUCCCUCAGUCACAAACGGCGUAUCGGAGAAAGACUCGCAUGGCGGCGUGCCAAACUGCUCGUUAACAAAGUCCCUCCGGCGUGAACUCUCCCCGAACUCGGAGGACGAGAGCCCGGCAACAGUUAAAUUCAUCAAGAUGAGCUGCAAAUAUUUCACUGACGGCAUGGGAGUGGUGGGCGGCGUGCUGAUCGUGACCCCCAACAACAUCAUGUUUGACCCCCACAAGUCCGACCCCCUGGUGAUCGAGCACGGCUGCGAAGAGUACGGCCUGAUCUGCCCCAUGGAGGAGGUCGUCUCCGUGGCGCUGUACGACGACGUGUCGCGCAUGAAGCUCAAAGACGCCCUGCCAUCAGACCUACCCCAGGAUUUAUGUCCUGUGUACAGGCCCGGCGAGUGGGAGCAACUGCCAUCAGAGCGCGAUCUGAACCCCUUUAGCCGCUAUGAAGCUCUUAAUCCAAAGCGACCAAUCGUGUUGGAUGACAUCGACUCCACCCUCUCAGAAACCGCGAGCACAGAGAGCGAGCAGACGGAGAAGUCUCCGUCAGACGAAGGAUUCACAGAUUUGGAGCCAACUGUCAACGGGAGCACUGGCGAAGCCGAGGGGACGUCCACCAAAACACCCGGCAUCGGCCGCAGGGACCAACUGGACCGAGCACCAGAACCAGACCUUCGAGACAAGACGGUUCUGAGUCAAACUAAAGGUAAACUUGAUGAGGAAGAGGAUGAGGGCGUCGCUCAAAACGGCUCCGUUGAGGAAGGCGAGACGAUACGGUUCUCUUCAGAGACUGAAAAACAGUCCGACUCGUGUGAUGGACCUACAAGCCGAGAGGAAACCAAAGAUAUGAAACCUAGAGGGGCCGGCGAGCUGCUAAAUGGUGCACGUGAUGAAAUGAUCGACGCACCAGUCGACCAAAGCAGGAAAUUAAGUCUCAACGAGGCUCCUGGGAUUCUUGGAGACUCGAAUCCGGAGAAACGUAGCCCAGACCGACCAGCAGGGGAAGCUGAACUGAGUGAGGAGGAGAGACGGAAGAAAAGCUACAAGGCAGAAGUGAAGUCAUGGCUGCUGGAGAGGAUGCAGGCUCCAAUAGAAGACAUGCUUUGCUCAUCAGAGGAGAAGAGUAAAAUCCCACCUAUGUUCCUGUGCUUCAAAGUGGGAAAGCCAAUGAGGAAGUCCUUCGCCACCGGGAGGACCUCUAGUCCCGCCCACUCAUUUGGGGGGCGGGGCAAACAGCCGGAGUACUGGUUUGCUGUGCCACAAGAAAGGGUGGACCACCUGUAUGGGUUUUUCGUCCAGUGGUCCCCAGAUGUGUACGGGAGGGAGGCUCGAGAGCAGGGCUUUGUUGUGGUGGAGAAGGAUGAGCUGGACAUGAUUGACAACUUCUUCAGUGACCCUGCAUCUUGCAGCUGGGAGAUCAUCACCAUUGAUGAGGCCAAGCGGCGGCAGAGUUUCAGCAGCUGUGACGGAGAAUUGUCAUUGGACGCUCUGCCCAUACUCCGAGACGCCAGUGAUCUGCUGCAGGACGAGCACACCGAGAAGCUUGCCAGUCGCUUGCCAGCGCGGGUGCAGAUUUACCCCUGGAGGCUGGCCUACAGCACGGUGAGACACGGGACCAGCCUGAAGACCCUGUACAGGAGCCUGGCAGACGUGGACAGUCCCGUGCUGAUGGUCAUCAAGGAUAUGGAUAACCAGAUAUUCGGGGCUUUCUCGACUCAUCCCUUCAGAGUGAGCGAGCACUGCUACGGCACGGGGGAGACGUUCCUCUACAGCUUCUGUCCUGAGAUCAAGGUGUUCCGCUGGACGGGGGAGAAUUCUUACUUUGUGAAGGGCAACACGGAUUCUCUCCAGAUGGGAGGAGGAGGUGGUCAGCUGGGUCUGUGGCUGGACGCCGAGCUGUACCGAGGAACCACCACCAAAUGUGCCACCUUCAACAACCAGCCUCUCUCUGUGCAGCAAGACUUCAACAUCCACAGUGUGGAGGUGUGGACCUUUGAGUAGCCUCACCUGCUCCUCCUGCAUUCACCCUCCGCUUCAAACACACACACACACCCCAGGUCUAUUACGCACCGCAUGGAGGCGAACCCAGCUACCCCACGUUGACUCUAAAUGUUCUGUGAGAGAAGAGAGUGCGGUUGUUACGCUGACUGGAAACGGAGCGGUCUCCAGUUGGCUGCUUUGAGGUAGGUUUGGUAGGCCGACCCUGUCGUGUCCGGGUCCUCCUCCCGUCAGAGGAGGAAGAAGUGUGAUAAAAUGUGGUUGCUCUCAGUUCAUUAGCUGCCUUAGAUACCCGCCGAUGCCUCCAGCUUUCCCAGCAUGCAAAGGGAGAAGAAGAAGGCUGCUGAUGUUACAGUUGAGGUUGUCCCAAAAUGAUUUUAAGUUUAUAUGAAAGAACAAGGUAUCCCAUUAAUGCAUUUUGGUUAAUUUGGGCAGAAAUAAUGAUGUAAUUGGUAUCGUUGGGAAUGUAAAGGGAAGUUUGGAAUAUUUUUUAAUUUCAUUUUUACAAUCCAAUUCAUUUCAAACUUGAAGGAAGAAUUUUUCUUUGGGAUCCUCCACCAUUACAGAAGCUUUCAGCGAGGGAAAUCUUGUAAUUGUUUACAAUGGAGGUCCUGCACUUCCUCCGAGGGCCGUCUUGUUCUUGCCCUCUUAUUGUGUUCGUAUUGGACUGAAUGAGAACGUUCCAUUGUAUUCCCUCACAACGACAUUUAGUGUUUUAUUUCCCCCGUAUAAUCUAAAACAAGUGCUAAAGUCAGGUUUGCAAUGACCAAAUAUGUUGUAUUAGAACCUCACAAUUGUUGUGAGGUCAUUAUAUUUUAGGUUAUUUCAUUUUUACAUUUAGUUUUUUUUUUUAUAAAGAAUACUCAGUUGUUGUUGUUUUCUUUUUAAAUGGUUGUACUUUUAUAGAAGUUUUGUUCAAUGUUUCUGAUUGGACCCAAUAAGCACUAUUGAUGACUGUUUGUCAGUAUUGAAUUCAUAUCUCACGUCGGCUGAUUUUUAUCUCUUUAUUUUCAUCUGUGUUCGAUAUUGUUCAGAGAGCCAGGAAAAGUUUAACGUGACAUCCCUUUGCACUACAGGAUUAAUCGACAGUCAAUGCUGCGUUGUGGCCCGACGCAAUCGUCCAUUGAUUCAAUUUUAAAUUGUUACUGAUUUGUUAUUGGAUCACCACUACAGAAGGGAGGAGCUUCCUGUCCAACCACAUGCCUCUGCUUAAAAACAUGGGCGUAAAGGGGACGGUUUCUUUACACUCUGGUAUGCCACUAACUAAGAAUUCAGAUUUACUAACACGGAAAAUAAAUGUUCAUUUAUAUCUUGUGUAUCUGAUACAGGCUUGUAGUGCAUGAAUAUGCGAUAUUGCAAGACUGCAUGUGUGACACCACUGUUAUGAUACCUGCCAUACUAUUCAGUAAUACCAGUUAUCGCUUCAUGUGAAAAUGAGCUUUUCUGUCUUGUAACUGUGAAUGCUCCCCGAGUAUUAUUUCUUGUGAAUCCAAAACUGCUGUGAUAUCACCACGGAUCUAUUUAUUGUGUGGUUAUAGCAAAUGCAUUUAAACCUGAAUAAAUGUUAAACGUAUAAAAUAA